CAGUUGCAGCUAUACAAUUAUAUGAAAUUACAAAAAGAUGAAAGAACAUGCGUGAGCAAUUAAGCAGGUGCCGACAUCAUGAAUAAACAUUGCUUGAAUAAAGCGCAAAAGUUGUAUGGACCUCACGUCCCUACAUGACCUGCCAAUAAUAAGUGCAGCCAGUACAUCCAAUAAUAAGAAGUAAUCAAUAUAACAAUAAAGUGUGAAAAAUAUUUUGCAAGAAAAGUGUGAUAAUGGCAGAAGGAAAAGGAAGAGUUUGUGUCACAGGAGGUACAGGUUUUAUUGGUUCAUGGAUUAUUAAGAGACUCCUUGAAGAUGGUUACACUGUUAAUACUACUGUUAGAUCUAGUCCAGGGCAGAAGAAAGAUGUUAGCUUCCUCACAAAUCUUCCAGGAGCAUCUGAAAAGUUAAACAUUUUCAAUGCUGAUCUUAGCAAUCCAGAAAGUUUUAAUGCAGCAAUUGAAGGGUGUGUUGGAAUAUUUCACACUGCCACUCCGGUUGAUUUUGAAGUGAACGAACCGGAAGAAGUAGUGACAAAAAGAACCAUUGAUGGAGCUUUAGGAAUUCUAAGAGCAUGCAAAAAUUCAAAGACAUUGAAGAGAGUUGUUUACACUUCAAGUGGUUCAGCUGUUUCUUUUCAAGAGAGAGAAGAAGAUGUAUUGGAUGAAAGUUAUUGGAGUGAUGUGAAUAUACUAAGAAAUGUGAAGCCAUUUGCUUGGUCAUAUGCAGUUUCUAAGACACUAACUGAGAAAGCUGUUCUUGAAUUUGGAAAAGAACAUGGAUUGGAUGUUGUCACUGUUGUGCCAAAUUUUGUUAUUGGACCCUUCAUUUGCUAUAAGCUUCCUAGCUCAAUUUAUGCUUCAAUGCCUUUCUUAUUUGGUGAUAUUGACAAGCAUCCAUUUAGAAUCUCUCGUCUUCAAAUGGUGCAUGUUGAUGAUGUGGCACAAGCACAUAUAUUCCUACUUGAACAUUCUAAUCCAAAAGGGAGAUAUAAUUGCUCAGCAUUCACUACAACUGUUGAAGAAAUAAUUGACAUUAUUUCUUCAAAGUAUCCUGAAAUUCAAAUUCCAAAAUCCAAAGUGCUUAUGGGAGCUAACGGUCCUACGUUUCCACUCUUAACAUCAAAGAAACUCAUGGAUACUGGAUUUGAGUUCAAGUAUAGUGUUGAGAAAAUGAUUGAGGAUACAAUUGAAUGUUGCAAGGAAAAUGGUUAUCUUUGAACCAUGAAAUUAACUAGAUGAGUGACAAUAAUAAAUAAAUUAUGUGACUAUUUAAUGAUUGAGUUAAUUGCUAUUUGGAUACAUAAAUGUGUAAACUUUAUAAUUCAAGCAAGCAAUAUGAAUGUGAAAUAAGGGUUUCAUAUA